GCUUUAAUUUGUAAUAAUAUUUUUAAUGGUGCUUUUUGAUGUGUUUUCAGGAAGCGUGACGUGUACCUGCUUGUGUUACUAUGAGGUGAAGGAAUCCAAAAUGCUGGAACGUCUGGUAGCAUGGGUGUUGAACAACUACCUCGGAAAGUACGUCGAGAAUCUGAACACAGCACAACUCAGCAUAGAAGUUUUGCAAGGGGAGGUGGAGCUGGAGAACCUGCCGCUGAAGAAGGAUGCCCUGCGGCAUGUGGGCCUGCCGGUGCAGCUGCUCUCGGGCAACAUCGGCAAGGUGAAGCUGCAGAUACCCGUGUCGCAGCUGCGCAGCGCCCCCUGGGUCAUCCUCGUGGAGCGGGUGUGCCUGGUGGUCGGCCCUAUCAGGCUGGACGAGUGGGACUGGGAGGCGGAGGAGCGAGCCGCCAACGAGUACAAGCUGUACCAACUCGACAGCCUGGAAGCCCAGCUGCGAGCCGAGCUGGAGAGCUCGCAGGUCUCCAACAGCUACGCCACCAACUACUCGGGCUGGCUCAGCAUGGGCACCAACCUCGUCACCAGCAUCGUGGAGAACUUGCAGCUGAAGAUACGGGACGUGCACAUGCGCUACGAGGACCGGGAGGCGGGCGGCCAGGCCUUCGCGCUGGGGGUGACCAUGGGGGCGCUGAGCGCCCAGAGCUGCGACGACACGUGGGCGCCGCGCUUCGUGGGGCCCGAGAUGGGGGAGGCCUCCUUCAAGCUGCUGGAGCUGAGCGGGCUGGCCGUGUACUGCGACCUGGUCGGCCCUGACGAGCUUCUGGGCUGCCUCUCGCACGCGGAGCUGGUGGAGGCGAUGCGGGACUGCAUCGCGCUCGACCACAGCUUCCUGUUGUCGCCGGUGAGUGCGCAGGCGCGCUUGAAGCGCAACAAGAGCAACCAGCCGCUGCGCUCGAAGACGAAGCCGAGGGUCGUGUGCGACGUCGAGUUCCAGGAGGUGCCGCUCUCCUUGACGGACCGGCAGUACGGGCGGCUGGUGGGCUGCGUGAAGGGCCUGCUGCGUGCGGAGAGCGGGCGGAGGCGUCGCGGCUGGCGGCCCGCCCGCCCCCCGGCCGAGUGUCCCCGCGCCUGGUGGGGCUACGCCGCGCGCUGCUCCGUGCCCGGCUGGCGGCCGCGGCCCGCCGUGCGCUCCUGGGAGCAGGCGCUGGCCCGCGCCCGGGACAACGUGGCGUACGUGGGCGCCUGCGCGGGACUGCUGGCCAGCCCGGCCGCCACCCUGGCCCCGGAGGCCCGGCUUCUGAAGGAGGCCGUGGAGGCGGAGCGCGGCUACGAGGAGCUCCGCGCCCUCCGCGAGGUGGCGCUGAGGAAGGUGCAGGCGCAGCGGAGCGCCCCGGCGCCCGGGGCCGGCCGCGGCACGCUGCUGCAGUGGUUCCCGCAGCUCUGGGGGUGGAGCAACACUGCGGCACCCCCCGGGCCGGACCCCCUCGCGGGGAAGGAGGCGGAGAUCGAGGAGGAGAUCCUGGACGUGCUGGCGGACAGCAUGGAGAACAACACUCUGCUGCGGAGGGACACCGUGUUCGGGCAGUUCAACCUCACCCUCAGGAAGGGGACCUUCCACCUGUGCACCGUCCGCGAGGGCGGCGAGGGAGAUGCCGGCAGGGUGAAGCCGGUGAUCUCGCUGGAGUUUGAGGACAUGGGGGUGGGCUGGGAGUCGCGCCCUCGCUCCGGCUCGCACAAGUUCAGCCUGGUGCUGGGGGGCAUCUUCCUGCGGGACCAGCUGACCCGGGACACGGCCUUUCCCGUGCUGGUGGGCCCCCAGCAGCUGGAGACUAGCGUGUUCCCGGCACGCUUCCGGGUGCCGCGCUCCGCCGGCCAGCCGGGCCGGAGCAGCCCCGACAAGCCCCUGUUCAGCCUGCUCUACGAGUACAAGCCGUUCAGCUCCGCCAAGGAGUACAGGCUGCAGGUGGGCACGCAGUCGCUGGAGGUCGUGUACAACGUCUCGGCCCUCGAGUGGCUGACGGACUUCUUCACGCGCCCGCACCAGACGCCCGACGCGGAGCUGCGGCGAGCGGCCAGGCACCGCUACGAGGCCAUGAAGCAGAAGACCAAGGAAGAGCUCAAGAAGAACUGGGAUCAGAUUAUUCAAGGAGGGCUGAAUGAUCGCAAAACUUGGGACAUUGAGUUGGAUAUAUCUGCUCCUCAGAUCAUAUUUGUAGAGAAUUUCUGCGACAAGAAUUCUCUGAUUGUGGUGGUAGACUUUGGGAGAUUCCAUUUCAGCAACCAGCCAGAAUCCGAACUCCAGCAGGAAGCGCCCACACAGGAGAAAGUUAGUGAUGACGAAGAUGACUUCCAGACACCAUGUUCAACCCCGCCUGGCAGUGAAGCUAGCCUGUCGGAAUCUCAGACGAUGACCAACAUAACAAGCUUAUCCGCAAAAUCUAACAAUGCGACCAGCUGCGUCACGAAUGUUACUCUUCACGAGAAACUUUAUGACAGGUACGCGAUAGAGCUGAGCGAGCUGCAGGUGCUGGUGGGGCGGGUGAAGGACAACUGGAAGUACGCCCACAUGCGCGGCACCUCCGCGCUGCACCUGCUGGACCGGUUCAGCAUCUCGCUGCGGCUGGAGCGCUGCCUGGUGCCCACGGCGGACCCCGACUUCCCCAGCCUCACGCUGGCCGGCAACCUGCCCAAGCUGGUGGUGCACCUCAACGAGCAGAAGAUCCUGGCGCUGCGCACCAUGGCGGGCCUGGUGGCCGCCCGGGGGCUGCCGUCCCCGCUCAGGACGGUGGAGCCGUGCGUUCCUCAGCGCGACUUGCCGCCUGACGCAGAGACUGCAGCAGGUGCAGAGAGUGGCUCGGGCGACUACAGGGACGGUAUUUGGGAGAAGUCACGUCUCCUGAUCCUGCAGUUCACCGUCGACCACUUGUCGCUGGAGGUGCAGUCGCGGGGGCGGAGCGUGGCGGAGCUGCAGGUGUCCGGGGCGAGGGCGUCCUACACGAAGCACCCCUUCAACACCAGCGUGUGCCUGAGCGUCCACAGCCUGCUGCUGGUGGACGCCCUGCAGACCUUCGGCCCGGACUUCGAGCUGCUCGUGGCCAGCCACAAGCACGUCAGCAUGGACAGCGUGAGCGGCAGCCUGCGGGACAGCGAGCCCACCUCCCCCACCUCCCCGGCCUCCCCCGACGCGGCCGCCGCCAGGGCUGCCAAGGUGACCUCGCCCGUCGCCAUCUCGCAGGCGCUGUCCCACCUGCAGACGGAGCGGCACGGCGCCUCCUUCAGGGCCGUCUCGCCCACUAUGUCGCCCCUGCACCCCACCUCGCCGCACGGCAUGGGCCUCGCCCCCUCCAUCUCCCUGGACGCCGCCGACUCAGAGGCGCUCAUCACGGUGGAGCUGGAGAUCAUCCGGAGCCCCGACGACCGCAGCGCGGAGGACGUUCAGGUGGCAGCGAUCCAGUUCAACAGCCUCGACGUCAUCGCCAACCAAGAGACUGUGGUGGAGCUGAUAGGAUUCCUGCAGCGCGUGUCCCCACUCGUGAAAGCUGCACCUCGGAAACACCUGCAGCCGUCUCAGCCGGCCGACCAAGCAGCGUCAAUGGCCUCGGAGUCGCAAGCGACCAGCGGACUGCAGACCCCGAGCGCAGCGACCCGCCUGGAGGUCACCUUCGACUUCCACCGCCUCAACGUGUUGCUGCUGAGAGCCGUUUUCAAGGACGGGAUCGUGGUUGGGAGGAAGAUCGGGACGGCGACAAUGUCCGAUGCCAGGAUUCAUGCUACAGUAGGCGAGGAGGUGGUGGCGCAGGGCUCGCUGGGCGGGCUGCAAGUGCUGGACCUCACGCCCGAGUGCCGGCGCCACCAGAGGAUCCUCAGCCUGGGCAAGGACCCCCUGGCCGAGCGAGACCUCAACGCGGAGCUCUACGCGCUGGGGCAGCACGGCUCGCCGGCGGGCGGCCAGCGCGAGGCCUUCAGCUUCACCGUCCGGCGGUCCCUGGUCAGCGAGUCGGACAUUCCAGAAAUUAAACUUCGGAUGGCCUCUGUGUGGUAUACACAUUCUGGUCUUUUCAUCAACGAAUUGCAGUCUUGUGCGUCGGAAUUCAAGCAGUACCUUGCUAAUCUGGCUAGGUCCAUCAAGACAGCUGCCACAGAAAUGGCAUUGGGCCUCGUUCAUGCCAGGGCGGAGGCGCUGGCCCAGAGCCUGCACCGCAGCUCCCGCCUGGCCACCCCCCUCGCCGGGGACCGCCGCCGCAGCUGGAGCCUCUCCUGGGAGCCCCAGGAGGGGGCGGCGUCCAGCACGCGCAACAACACCCCGCACGCCCCCAGCAGCCCCGGCGCGGAGGAGGAGCUCCUCCACCUCUCCCACUUCAGGCUGGACCUGGAGCUGGCGACGCCCGUGGUGGUGCUGCCCCGCUCGGCCACCAGCGCCCAGGUGCUGGUGGCGCACCUGGGCAAGAUCCGGGUCAGCAACUGCCUGCCGUCGUCGCCCGGUUGCGAGGAGCCGUGGAGCCUGCAGCGCCACCAGCGCUACAGCGUCGAGGUCCGCGACAUGAACCUCUUCUCUCUCGACACGCUGCUCAACGCCGCGCCCGCCCAGUCCCAGCCGGCGGCGGAGAGCGCGCCCGUGCCAGCGGAGCGGCUGUACUCGUGCGUGAGGCACGGCAAGCCCGUGCUCCACGACACGGAGGUGCAGCUGGUGGUGGACCGCGCCGUAGGGCACGGCGUCCCAGGCGUCCUGCUGGGGGGGGACUACCUGGACGCGGAGCAGGAGGAGACGCUUCAGGUGUCGGGCGGCGUGGUGUCGGCCCUGAAGGUGUCGCUGUCCCGCCGGCAGUACGAGCAGCUGCUGGACACGGCCUGCACGCUGCUGGCGGAGGUCUGCCCCCCCGCGGAGGCCCUGGUGUCCGGGGAGCGCCGGCUCGAGGGCAUCCGGGAGGAGGGGGAGGCGUCGGAGCCCGUCCGGGACCCGGGGCUACUCGCCCGCCACCGCUUCUCCGUCAGAGUGUUGUUUGAGCUGCCGAAACUGACGGUGGAGCUGCGGAGCGACGUGGGCCGGGGGGAGCAGGGUCUGGUGGACCUCACCCUGCAGGACUUCAGAGUCCAGUACGACAAGUCUCAUCAGCACGAGACAAACAUUCAGAUCUCGCUGCACUCGCUGCUGAUGGAGGACCUGCUGCGGGAGCGGGACUCGAGGCACCGCUACAUCGUGGUGUCGGCGGUGGCGGCGCCGGAGCGGCGUGCGGGGGCCGUGGUGUCGGCGUCCUGCCCCGACCUGGCCUGCCACCGGCCGGCCUGCCAGCUGCGCGGGUCCCUGCCCGACCACCUGGGGGCCCACGCUGCCGGUAGAGCGUCGAAGGUGGAGUACCCCUGCACCCCGCCCCCCUCGCCUCGCCCGGCCUCGUCGCCCUUCUCCCUGACCCGGGAAGACAACCUGGUGCACGUGGACGUGAUGCUGGUGGACAGGAGCGCUCCGACGUUCGCCUCGCAGUACAACUCCGUUUACCGCUCGGUGAAUGUCAACUUCAACUCCUUGGACGUGAUAGUGAACGUGGAGUCGUGGGUGGUUGUGCUGGACUUCUUCGGGUUCGGAUCUGCGAGCGGCGGUGCAGAGGACGUGGGCCAGCAACGGCAGGCGGCCGUUCAAGAGACUUACGACCUUGGGGCGGGGGCGAACUCGGAGCUGGAGGUGCAGGUGCGGUCGCUGACGCUGGUGCUGAACGAGCCGGAGCACGAGGUGGCGCGGGCCAACGUCUCGCACCUCAGCAUGCACGUGAGCUCCCGGCGCCGCGGGCAGACCGUGGCCGGCCGGCUGGGCAGCAUGUCGCUGCUGGACCUCACCCCGCGCGGCCGGCGCUACCGCGAGAAGUUCCUCUCCUCCGGCGACCAGGUGCUCCACUUCACCAUGGUCAGUUACUACCCAGAUGAGAAAAGUCCUGAACCGCCCUGUGACAUGCAGCUGAAAAUUGAGAUGUCGUCAGUGCUGUACGUUCACACUAAGCGAUUUGUUGCUGAAAUCCACGAAUUCUUCUACCGCUUCCACCAACUCCAGGAAGUGGUUGAGAGCAUUAGAUUGGCCACCUCCAUAGGUUAUGAGCCGCGGAACAGGCGCAGUACCCGCCUGCUGGUGGAGCUGCAGGCUGGCUCGCCGGUCAUACUGCUGCCUGUCAGCUCCGAGUCCCCGGACAUGCUGGUGGUGGACCUGGGCAGGCUGUCCGUCAGCAACAGCUUCCAGCCGGCCGGCGCCCUCCCCGCCCAACAUGGCGGCCCGCUGCUGGACGUGAUGCUGGUGGAGCUGCUGGACAUGGACCUGUACGCGGGCCGGAGCGAGCCGAAGCCCGAGCAGCCGUGCUGUGGGCUGCAGCUGGGCGGGAGCUGCGUGAGCAAGCAGGGGCCCUCGCUGCUGCGCGAGAAGUGCCGGCUGCUGCUGCAGGUGGACCGCAACCUCGACACGCACCUGGUGCGCCCCGUUCCGGACCUGAGCGUGAAGGGCGUGCUGUCCACGCUGCACGGGGCCCUGGACCUGUCCCAGUACCAGCUGAUCCGGGGGCUGCUGGCGGGCAACCUCGCCGAGCCGCUGGACGACCUCCGAAGCAGCCGCGCCGUCGACAACCACUCGCCCAGCAAGCAGGUUGGGGCAUUUGGCCAGGUGUGGACACACUUUUCCCUGCAGCUGGACCUACUUAAUGUGACCUUGAAGCUGCAAGUCAGUCAUAGUACCAACUCACCGCUUGCCUGCAUCAACUUCAUCAAGUCCCGCCUGCUUCUCGAAACAUUCAGCAAUGGCACUCAGGACGUGGAUUUAGUGUCGCAGGAAAUCCUGGUUGCCGACACACGAUUUCAAGCUGAACCUGUUAACAAACGUUCAAAUGUGUUCACAAACAUACUCCAACCAAUCAACAUGUCUUUUGAAGGAGAUCGUGUUCAGGCUGAAGUUCAUCACAGGAGCAAGCCGGGCCACUCGAAGUUCACGAUACUGCUGAACAACAUGCGGUUAAUGGCGAUAUUGGAUUGGUGGGAAGCUGUGAAGAGCUUUGUGCUUGGAGUGCAGCCAUGUCAGUCAGUAGAUGGCGACGGCAAUGGGAACGCCGCCAGCCACUCGGAAGAAGGUGCGAGUGGUACGGACAGUGAGUUGCCACUCGUGGCCCAGGCGGCUCCACCCACCGAACCACAGGAGGUGGUUUCCAUUGAAAUGAAUUUGAACAUCACGGAUUCCGAAGUGGUGGUCAUUGAGGACACCUCCCAGUGGGAUUCUAACGCAGUCAUCCUCAAGAGCACGACGGUGGUGUCGUACCAGCCCCACGUGGCGGACAAGCCACUCUCCUGCAACCUGAACCACUGCGAGAUGUUCUCCUGCGUGCUGGGCAUGGAGGACGAGACGGCCCUGUCCAUCAUCGACCCGGUCACCGUCAACAUGGAGGUGGCGCGCCGCCAGGGCGACGGCGACCGCGUCCUCGAGGUCCAAAUGCAGCAUUUGAGUGUUCGCUUGUCGUACCACGACAUGCGAAUGUUUGUCCAGAUUAUGAACAGUCUGUCGAAACAGACGUCUUGGCUACAGAGACAGGACUCGCAACAGGAGACGAGACCAACAAACAUCCAGCACCAAGUCGACAAACUCUCUGCCCUGGGCUUCCAUCCGGACGACUGUGCAGUCGCUCUCCAGAGAUGCGAAGGCCAGUUGGACGACGCUGCUCUGUGGUUGACCCAGCAUGUGAAUGCCAGUGGCACGCACCAGGGAUGCAGCUCGGAGGAGAACACGUCCACGCUGUCCUUUGAUGUCAUAGAGGUGCACAUAGGCUGCCUGAGCGUGUGUGUGAUCGACGACUGCCGAGAUGCGGAUGUGCCUCUGAUCGAGCUCUCCCUGUACGAUCUGCUGCUGCGGCGAGAGCUGCGGAACGGCAUCGGCAUGGCCCAGUGCAUGUUCUCCAGCGACUACUACAACCGCAUGCUGUCCGGGUGGGAGCCUUUCACGGAGCCCUGGAGGUGUGAGGUGGAGUGGAGGAAUGACGUGCAGGCGGAGGGAAAGAACAGGACACAGCUGUCGUUAACUGCUCAGGACAUCCUGAACGUGAACAUUACCAGCACCUUGGUCGACCUGUACAAGAACGUGAAGGAGAACUGGACACAGGACAGCCUCUCCUACAGAGACAGAAGUGAUGGUUGUGACAUGGGCAAGGUGGUGACCAGUCCGCCUGGGUACAGGCGUCGUUCACCCUUCGUCCCGUUCGCGCUCCGCAACAACACCGGGUGCAAGCUGUGGUUCGCGACGCUCAUCAAGUCCACGGACAGCGCGUACGAGACAUCACAGGAACAGGAUGCCCUGUUGGAGAGAAACGAAAAGUGGACCCUGGUUUCGCCCAGUGAGGCUGUUCCAUUUACUUUUGAAGGACGAGGUAAGGCCCGGCAUCAAGACACUCACAAACUGCGACUUCACCAACUGAGUGUGCAAGUGGAAGGAUGGUGUGCAGUCGCUCCAGUUUCUGUCGACAAAGUGGGCGUGUAUUUCCGGCAGGCAAAUCCAGAGGAUCAGUUUAACACGCACGUGUCCGGCCCGGUGCGGAUAGUGUUUGAGGUGACCUUGGAAGGGUCGGCGAGGAAGCUGGUCACCGUGAGGUCGGCCCUGCUGGUCUGCAACCAGCUGGAAGACUCGGUCGAGAUAAAGCUGGACACUUCCAGCAUGCUGGGCCUGAGCCGGGGCACGAGGCUGAUGAGCGUGCCGCCGGGGGCCACGGCGCCCGUGCCCCUCUCACACGUGGCCGCCACCGUGCUGGUGCGCCCGCAGCCUCUGGGGCAGGGCUACGUGUUCUGCAACAAGCCCGUGCUGUGGGCGCAGGCGCAGCGGCCCGGCGAGGUGCUGCAGGAGGUGAUGCAGUGCCGCAGCAACCGCGACCACAAGUACAGGUUCUGCACGGCCAUCAGGCGGGAGAACUACCCGCCAGACCGCAUCUCGCACCAGAAGGGCGGCACGCUGCUGCUGCAGCCGGCCCACACCAUCACCCUGCUGCCGCCGAUCAGUGUGACCAACCUCCUGCCCUGCGAGCUGCACUACGCCGUGAAGGAGCUCGGCGGGCAGAGCGGCCGUGUCAGGCCCGGCACGGCCGCCAGCCUCCACCAGGUGGACCCGGAGACCGCGGUGGAGCUGAGCUUCCGGCUGGAGAGCUUCCCGCAGGCGGGCUGCCUGCUGGUGCCGCCGGGCGCGGCCGGCUGCCAGGCCGUGCUGCGGCUGCACGACGCCGUGGGGCGCAGCCUGCUCCUGCAGUGCCGCGUCGCCGUCGCCCAGGGCGCCGGCAUCAAGAUAUCGGUGUCGGCUCCGUUCUGGAUCGUGAACAAGACGGCACUGCCGCUAGUGUUCCGGCAGGAGGGCGUCCCGGACACGGCGGCCGGGCAGUUCGAGGAGCACGAGCUGGCCCGCAUGGUGGCGCCCCUGCUCUUCUCCUUCAGCGACAACGAGGCGAGCCCCACCCUGACCAUGCGUGUCGGCAACCGACUGCACUCGGAAGGAAUACCACAGUUCUGCCAGCAGUUCCACCUGCAGAAGGGGGUGCAGGUGCGUCGCCUGCGGGUGUCGCUGCGGGACUCCCGGCCCGACGUCAUGUACGAGGUGGGCGUGGACGUGCGCCCGGGCCGCGGCCGCUACAGGGGCACCAACAUCGUCACCCUGUCGCCCAAGCACCAGCUGCACAACCGCUGCAGCUACCAGCUGCAGUUCGCCCAGCGCUGCUUCGCCACCACGCUGACGGACCCCGGAGCACAAGCCACGUUCCUGACGGCCGUGCCGGGCUGCUGCUUGGCGUUCCAUUGGCCGCGCAUCGACAAGGACCAGCAACUGUGUCUUCGCCUGGUCGACGUUCCCGGCUGCCUUUGGUCCGGCGGAUUCGUCAUCAAUGCUAACGAUUCCCGUCACAUCAUAGUGAGGGACGGAAGUGGUCGGAUGUAUUUCUUGCGAGUGGAAAUAGUUCUGCAGGGAGCCACGUACUUCAUUGUUUUCACAGACGCAGACAGCAUUCCUCCCCCGAUACGUAUAGAUAACUAUUCCGAAGUACCGUUACAUUUUUACCAGAGCUGCGUGGCGACGGAGAGCCUGCACGCGGUGGUGCGGCCCCACACCUCGGUCCCGUACGCCUGGGACGAGCCCACGCAGGCCCACGCGGUGACCCUGGUGGCCCCGGGAGGGGUGUCGGCCCAGUACGACCUGACCCACCUGGAGCAGUCGGGCGACACCUGGGAGGGGGCCAGCCUCACCUACGAGAACUUCAUCUACAUCGCCUUCACCGCCACCUUCCGCAGGCUGCAGGAGGACGGGGAUGUGCGCUGGAGCCCGCUGGAGCUGGAGAGCCAGCAGCUGGUGCUGGAGGUGCCGGCGGGCUGCAGCUGGGUGGUGCUGGCCCGCAAGGUGCCCGGCGCACGCUCCCAGCUGUGGCGCAUGAGCGGCGAGGGCCAGCUGCAGCACGAGGGCAGCAGCCCGCCGCGCGACCCCCGCUCCCGGCACCCCGCCCGCUCCGACGUCAUGGUGCUGGACAUCGCCGGGCCGGCCCCUCAGCCCAUGCAGUACCUGAACCUGGUGCUGCGCAGGAAGGACCAGCGCCGCGCCUCCACCCAGACCUGGCACUUCUCCCCCGACGGCCGCCUGCGCUGCCUGCACAACAACAUGUGCGUGCAGGCCAAGGACGGCUUCUUCGGUCUGCGCGAAGGGAGCGAGGCCGUGCUGGGGCCGCCGCAGCCCGUGUGCCACCAGCUGACGGGCGGAGUGCCGGUGGAGCAGGCCGUGAGCCGGCAGAAGCUGCGGCCCGGCUCGGGCUUCCUGGCCGUGCGCCUCACCACGGACGGGCCCACCUCCGUCCUCCGCGUCUCCGACCUCAAGGAGAAGACAAUGUACCUGGUGACGGAAGACCGGGACUGGGGCAACAUCUCGACUGCCCAGAUGCCUCCCCUCGUGCAGGAAGGGGUGGCCAAGCCGACGCCACAAGAUGCGCGAGAAGUGCAGGUGACGGUGGACCUGCCGUGCGGCGUGGGCGUGAGCCUGGUGUCGCGCCGCCCGCCCGAGGAGCUGCUGUUCGCGCACCUCACGGGCAUCUCGCUGGAGCUGAGCUGCUCGGCCGCCGCCCAGCGGGUCUCGCUGGCCGUGCAGGACCUGCAGGUGGACAACCAGCUGCUGGAGGGGGCCUGCCCCGUGGUGCUGCACGUCACGCCCUGCUCCGCCAAGGGCACGGAGCAGCCGGGCCGGCACGCGCUCAGCCUGGCCGCCGAGAGGAGUCUCGCGGGCCGCACCCCCACCUGCGACAACUUCAAGUACCUGAUCAUCUCGAUGAAGAACCUGACCAUCACCAUAGAGGAGCUGCUGCUGUUGAAGCUGUUUGCGUUCGCGGGCUUCAACCACCUCAGCCCCGAGCAGAUGGACGUGGACGAGAACGACUUCGAGGUGCAGCGGAUACUUGCCGAGGUGACCUCGGUGCAUGCCAAGAAGUACUACUUCGGGACGCUCGAGCUGCGGCCGGGACAGGUGCGACUGAGCGUGGUGACCACCAACAAGCUGCCGGUCCAGCUGCAGUCCAUCAAGAGGAAGCUGGGGCUCACGCUCAUCAAGUUCGAGGACGCCAGCGUGACCCUGAAGCCCUUCGUGAAGAACCACCCGUUCGAGAGCCUGCAGUUCCUCCUGCACGCCAUCCUCAAGAAGUACAAGGACGAGCUGAAGUGGCAAGCUGCGGUCAUCCUGGGCUCCGUGGACUUCCUGGGGAACCCCCUGGGCCUGCUCGGGGACGUGGCUGAAGGCUUCUCCGGCCUCAUCUACGACGGCAACAUCGAGUCCUUGGUGCAGAACGUUUCCUACGGCAUCUCAAACUCGGCCGCCAAGGUCACGGAGUCGCUGUCGGACGGGCUGGGCCGCAUGAUAAUGGACGAGCAGCACGAGGAGAUGCGACAGAAGAUACGCAAGGUGCAGGUUGGCAGCAGUGGGGACCACCUGGUGGCUGGCUUCAAGGGCCUGGGCUUCGGCCUGCUGGGAGGGGUGUCCAGCAUCGUCAAGCAGACGUACGAAGGAGCCUCUGCCGACGGCUGGUCGGGCCUGAUCUCGGGCUUCGGCAAGGGCCUGGUGGGCACGGUCACCAAGCCGGUGGUGGGGAUCCUGGACCUGGCGUCGGAGACCGCGAGCGCCGUGCGCGACUCCAGUCGCAGCGCGAAGCACGUGGUGCCAGCUCGCUUCCGCCCGCCGCGGUGCGUGACCGGCCCGGGGGGCCUCCUGCCCCCCUACUCCAAGAAGCAGGCCCAGGGCCAGGAGUUCCUGUACGUCAUCAACAACCAGGACUACUCGGAGUUGCUCAUGGCGUACGAGUGCCUGCUGGGAGGGGCCGAGGAUCUGCGGGUGCUGGUGUCCAGCGAGCGCGUGCGGGUGUUCACGGUGACGGCGGCCGGGGCGUGCUCCGUGGUGCUGGAGGCGCCCCUGGACAAGCUGCUGCACUGCCGUGCCGUCGCCGGGCCGCGCCACUACAUCGAGCUGGCGCGCCGCCUGGAGCCCGCGGGGCACGAGCGCCUGCGACGCCCGCGCGUGCGCUGCGAGUCCCUGCCCCUCGCCCAGUGGGUUUCCCAGCAAAUAAAUUAUGCUAAAGGCAUGUACGAGGAACGGCGAAACACACUCAUUUCUAGCAGCGACACUGUUCUAGAAGACUGACUGUAGUAUAUUUUUAAAAACUGAACUAUUAGUUGUGAAAAACUGUGUGAUGAUAUCCAUGUACAUUUAGAUAAGGAAUUUCAGCUAUGUAAGUAAGUUAAGUUUUUACUUUGUUUAGUGAUAAGUUAAAUUUUUUAUGAACAAAGAUUAUAGUUGUUACAGUUUUGUCUUUUGUAAGUGAAGUGGUAUUUUGAAAUGUGCCUUUCGUAUUGCUGAAAUGUAAUAUCUGAAUUAUGUGUUGGUUGGGAGGGGCCAUAAUAGUGGUUUACGUGUGUUGUGGGAACAUUAGGCAACCCAGAUGUGACACAACAUACAUCAGUUAAUUUUUAAGAGUUAAAUUUAUCGAAAGAAGCUGUUUUUCAAAUUCGUUCCAUGUUCUUGACAAGCAACAAGAUUUUUGUUAAUGCUGGGUGAAAAAUCACUGGGGUACAACAUUUUAUUGCAGCGGCUAAACAUGAUACUUUCCACAAAAAAACCUCUAUUAUUGAUGAAUGUCUGUAUGCCCCAGCAAGUUGGAAGAUUUAUUAGACGAGGUUUGUUUUUCAAAGAGGGUUUUUUUUUUUUUUGGGGGGGGGUGUUGAAAGUGUUCUGCAAUUUGACAUUCAGUAGCAGGAGCUACAACCAACAUACAGGAAGGCCACCACUGAGUAGUGCCUUCCUUAAGGUUCUGUUUCUCAUGAAGUAUGUCAUUUUCAGCUGUAAUAUGUCACACAAAAUAUCCUCAUUGCAAACACUUGCUUGACUUUUUACCACUAUUAUAUAAUAUUUAUUUAAAUAACUGUUGAAAAAAUUAAGUGAAACAUAAUUUGCUAGAGAACUGUGAUGGUAAAUCUCCCGGGAAAGCUCUCGAUGGAAAGCGACGACAAGAGAAUGUAAUGUCCAACACUGCGAGUGAACCAAGCCUUAAGAGGAUUUGAAAAGUCGCAUCCUGCAUGAAUGACAAAAAUAAAAAACAUUAAUAAGAUAUGUACAACUUUUCAGACUUCUGUGGUGUUUGUGUUCUAUGCUACAUUUUUCUUUGCAGAGAUUUGAAUAUUCAUAAAUAGUCAAAAAGAUUUUUAAAAAAAAUGGGAUAUAGUUAUUGAUAAAAUAAGGUCUUGAAUAAAUUAAUAAAAAAAAACAUUUGACUGUAAAAUUAUUAAAAUCAUAUAAGGAAAACCUCUUUAAUAAUCAAAUCUUAGAAGGAAAGAAAUAUAUUUCAGUGAUUUUCUUUCGCAGGUGCAUAAUAGCUUAAAAUUAUUAUAUACAUAUUGUUUUGUUCUUAUAGCCAAAAAAAUUCCAUAUUUGUUUUUUUGGGUUCAAACCCCUUAUUUUAUAAAAAAAAAACUGCUUGCAAUAAAAAAAAUACUACUAUAUUUGUACAUUCAGUUUUCCAUAUAGAAUUCUGUCAAGCAGUUCAGAUUCUAUUAUUGUUUUAAUAUUCUUCAUUCAUGCAUGAUGUGACCUUUCCUAUCCUCUUAAGGAUCAAAUAAAGCUCUUCAUAGUGUGGUCUUUAGCACAAGAUCCUUACAGGUGCGAAAUCAUCUUCCUUUUCACUCCAGAUGGGUACAGUAUCCUUUUGUUAGUCCGUGUGUAAGUGGCUAUUUGAGGGAUGUAGUUUUUUAAAGGUGAGUGUUAAGAUUAAUUAGUAUUGUAUCAAAAUGUAUCUGAAUAAAAAUGGAUUACAUUCCUCAAUAAAGCUGCAGUAUUGUCUCGUAUGUGGUCUGUGGAAUGAGUAAAUAAAAGUAAUUGCUUGUGUAACAACGCUUUAAAGGACUAGUGACGAAAAAUACGUCCUAGCUUAGAAAACUUCACAGAACGUUAAUAAAAUGUUUCUGGUGUUUCAUUUCAAAACAUUUUCCAAAUCACUGGCUUUGAUUAAUGAUAUUGGCUCCUCCCAAUUAAAAUUUGUAAAUAUAGAAGAAUAGUGUUCUGAACUAGAUGUUAACAUGGUCAGAUACCGGGUACUAAUGUUAAUAAAUAUCAAUGCAAUACAUAUGUGAUAAUGUAGUGUACUUUUUUUUUUUUAUGUAGUUCAGGUUUAUUUCAAAAUGGUUUCAAGUAUUUGUGUAUCUUAAUGCAUGAUAACUGAGAUGACAGUUUUUUGGCUAAUAAUUGCAAAGGAAAACUCAGAAAAGCUUUCACCGUAACCCCCUACCUAUUUUUUUAAUACUGCUUCUUGCAUUAAUUUCUCAGUGGCAUAUUCGUACCAAAUGUCAGUGUGAAAGCAAGCAAAGUUAAUUCAUAAUCAGAUCUUGGGCCCAAAUCAUCAUUAAUUAUUUACAAUUUCCAUUUGUAUUUUUGAAAUAUUUUUUCAACUUAAAUAUAAGGAAGUUUAACCUUGCUGAUUAUGAAAUGCAUUGUAGUUAGCUUCUUCAUCAUAUGCAAAAAUGAUAUAACAUUGAACACAGGCAUAGCUGGAGGCUACUGAGAUUGUAUGCACUAUUUGAUGAGUACUGAAAUUAGCAAAAAUUCACUGUAAUAUCACACACUAAACAACAAAAAAUACUAUGUAAAUGUCCUCAGAUAUUAAAUUUUUGCUACUUAAAUUCAAUUAAAAUGAGCAACAAUAAUUUGUAACCUCAAAAUUGUUAACAGCUGUGACUUUUUAAAAUUCUGUAUAAUUUUUGUUUGUGUAUUUCUCCAAGCAUAUUACUUAACUUUAAAUGAUUUGUAUAAAUAAAAUAGUCAAACUGAUGGUUCAAUACACAGAAUUUCUUAACUUGUACUUAAAAUCCCAUUGCAAUUCUGUGUACAGACGUACAUAAGAGACAUAUUUUUGACUCUGAGAAUGAUUCAGUCAUUGUGUUUGCUAAUUAAGUUUAGAACUGGUGGUCUACUGUAUUGUGAACAGCUUUUUCUCAUCUACAUUUUUAUUUCAUUAAUGCAGUACAACUUUAUACCCAUAAUAGGUUACAUCAGGUUUUAUGGAGCCAAGGUUAGUUUAAUGCUACAUUUUUUGCCACACAAAAAAUUAUAUAUUGUCAACAGAAUGAAACUCAAUUUGGCUCACAAACAGCGCAUUCCAAAAAAUUUAGAAUAUAAUAAUUUUAUGACAGCUACAAGUUUUGUGGUGGUUGUAGAACUUUGUUCUACUAAAUGUUUUCCAGAUGCUCAGUGGUCCUACUUAAAUACUUUCUCUGGUAUUUGAACUCUACUAGUUGCCAGCUCCAACUCCAAAGGCAUAUAGAACUGUCCUUGCGAAGCACUUCAGACCAUGAGAUGUUUAUACAUAUUUGUUAAAAUUAUUUUGUUGUGAUGAACCUGCAGCUGAAUUUUGUCCGUCGAGUAGACGCAUCCUGUAUUUGGAAACAAUAAUAAUAAUGUGUAUUAUUUUUAGUUUUAUGCUGGUUUGUGAUUUCAUUAAUUUAGAAUUUUUUUUUCCUAAUCAUCAUGAAAAGUAUUUACACUUUCAGCCAUUCAUUUUCACGCACUACUUCGUGAUGGAUGUACAAGUGUGACGUACAGUAGACUCCCGAUUAUCCUGCGUAAUGACUGGCAGGGGAUCCACGGAUAACCGAAAAACAUGGUUAAAGCAAUGUCUGAAAAGAACUGUUUAUUUUAAAAAUUGUUUCCCAACUAUACAAACACUUAAUGAAGUCAAAUUUACACACACCAGUGACGUAACAGUGCCGUGGCCGGCACGUAAUGUCACCGAUCGUGAUCUCGUAUAGAUUUUCUGUUCAAAAGGGAUAAUUUCAUCUAUUUUCUGGCAACUACACCCUGUCUACCAGUUGCAAACGAUAUGUCCUUGUUUCACAGCCGUGCAAGUAAUCCAGCAGUCACGGCAUGUUACAGAACUGCUUGCAGUGGCACAGACAUGCACUGGGCGAGUGGAAACAAAACCCUUCAAAUUCCUAGAACGAGCCAGCCACGGCUCUGUCGCGACACUAGCCACAACACUGUCGCGACACUAGCCACGGCACUGUUGCGACACUGGUGUGCUUAAUCGGCCUUAAGGUUGUACGUAAUAGGUACUAAUGUGAUAAGACUAAUUUACAGAAACACUUGCAGUAUGUAUCUCUAAAACAUAGCCCUAUUUUACGUCAUCGUAGUUUACGUCUAGCUGGUAGGAAAUUUUUAAUUUUCGUGCUGUCACCAUCACUGUACUGUGACCGCCGGAUUAUUUCCGAACUGUAUUUUCUCGUUUCACGGCCGUGGUGGAAAUUUACGAGUGUCGAGUACCGCUCAUUUGUGUUUAUUAUUGAACAUUACUGUCUAAAGAUUACGACAGAAAAUAUUCUGCUGCAUUGUAACCACUGCCUUGAAACUACAUAGGCCUAUUAUUGCUCGUGCGAGGCACCGAACAGUGGCGUCGUGCCGGCACCAGUCUGAGCACUGUUCACAAGGACACGAACACAAGCACGCACUGCUUUCAGGAGUGCGUUUAUAAGUUACUCUAGCAGUUUACAAGUUCGUGAUGCAUACUGCUCUUAACAGCUAUGAAUGCACUAUGUUUGGCAGAAUUUUUCAUCUUGAAUCAUAGUAUAAAAUCCUCUUGUCACAUCAAUAGAUCACAAAAAUAAGAAACAUAAUCAAAAAUUGUUUUGGUGUUUUUUGUUUGUGGAAAUAAAAUAACCCACACACAGAUAAUUGGGAGUCUGCUGUAUAAGCAAUUUGAAGAACGAUAACCUAUCUCUCAGUAUAUCAGUGUAUCUCUUGGAUUAUAGUGUUUGAGUGGGAUAGUCCCAUUUGAUAUUAUAUCUUGGCUUUGUCAUUAAGCAAAAGUUACUGUAUCUACCUGCAACAUUGCCUCUUAAGUUUGCAACAGUUCCUACUCUUACUUCAUGUUGGCUAUAGUGGCGUGCAAUGUACCCAUUUCUUAGUAUUACGUGGACUAGCCCAUGUAUAUAAAACAUUCACUUAAUUGGCAAUGGUUUCGGGUAUAUGUACUAUAUAAAUGUUCAUUUAGGGUGCAGUCAGCAAAAUGCUCUAGAAUGUUUAGUAUGUUAAGCAACAUUGCUGUUAUCGCACUCACAAGCACAUGUUUUUGUAACCUAUCUCGAGCAUUAAUAUGGUGAUUUUGAUUGGUGAUGUUUGAAAUUAAUGUUUGUAAAAUUAAUCAUUUGAAAUUCAUUUGUGUAAAGUGUCCUAGAAUGUAGUUUUAACGUUCAUAGUUUUAGCAGAGGAAUGUCAGAACACAAGUACCUAAUUAGUAAGUGAUCAGCGAUAACCAUGUUCAAUUAAUACAAUUACACAAAUCGGGAAGUAAUAAUUAUUUAUAGGAAACAACAAAACUUUUUAGUAAACACCCUGUUAUACUAUAAAAUUAAAAGAAUUUUUUUAAUAUUUUUACUUUUUCCAAACAUUCAAGGUGAACAAAUCCAGGUCAAAGUUGUAUCUAAAAAGCUAGUUUUAACAAAUUUUAAUUCAUUCCAUUAAGAAUUUCUAACAGGUUCUCUCAUUUUUAAUCUUAAAAAAUUAUGCAUUUUCAGUAAUUUGUAUCAGAAACCAUCUCACUUUCUUAAAAAUUCACACCAAUAUAUUUUCUGCCAUUUUGCUCUACCGGCAGCUCUCAGGGUCGGAUGCGAUUGUUGUGGGCUGGAGUGGUGUGUGCUCUGAUGAGCAUGAGCACGAGCAUGAGCACUCAAGAGCAUUUUGUUGUGCUUACCUGUCUGUUAAUGACAUUAUUGCUUAUUGGCUAACUGAUAUGUACUUGCAUUAAAUGUGUACUAGUUAAAGUUGUUCGAUAUAUUAACAUUAAUUAUAUAGUAUUGUGAAUAAUUUUUUUUCUCUAAGUAGUAUUAUAUGAGCUAACUAUUUUCAGCCAAAGAUGAAAAUAAUAUUUUUUGCACAUAUGUAUGUCUCUAAAUUAUUUCAGGUCAAAGGGUUUAAUUUUACAUUUUUUGUUCAUAAUAAUACAUAAUAGUGAAGGGAGCAAUAAAAAUGUUAACUUAGACUUUUAACUUGUCUGCACAUUUGUUAUUGUGUGUUUGUCAUGUAAAUAUGUAGAAUGGUCACCUCUGGCUGCAGAGAUAAAUGUGAAAGUUAAAGUAUUUUAGUUGGGAGACUUCCACUUCCUUCAUACUUAAGAAUACUUGCUACAAGUUUCUGACUGUUGGCCAUAGUUCACAGUGCAGUUGUGCAGUUUUAUUUUUUGUACUUUCUUGUAGAGAUUUAUUUUGUUAUAUUUAACAGUACAGUUGAUCUGUUGAUGUUUAAUCAGAUACUAGUCUGAAUUAAAAUCAGUGUGCUACUUAAAAUAAAACCUGUGUGUUUACUAUA